AUGUCGGCAGCACAGAAGGAUACGUUGGGGCCGAUGAUGAACACUGUCAACUGGGUUUUAACAGCAUUGGCGGGUACGUUUCUUGGUCUACGGGUAUAUUGCAAGUUCAGUCGACAUAGGGGGUUAUGGUGGGAUGAUCAAAUCUUGAUAUUCGCAUUUGCUUGUCUCGUCGCGGCCGUAGGUUUCAUUACCAGUUCAAUCAAAUUAGGAUUUACCAGCCCGGCUGGACCCCAAACCCCCGAGGAUGCUCUUCAACUGCAAAUUCACGGAGGCGUGCAGAAUGUUCUUUUCGGAUUAGCUACGGUGCUGAGCAAGACCUCAUUCGGAGUUACGCUAUUAAGAGUUACCGAAGGCCGGAUGAAAAUGAUCGUCCUGUUUCUCACAAUUACUAUGAAUUUGGCCGUGUUUCUCUACAUCAUAUUUACCUUCUUAAAAUGCCAGCCGGAAGUGUAUUCUUGGAUUAAGGGGCCGGGUUGCUGGAGCACCGAGAAAUACAUUCGCUACGCUAUAUUCGCUGGCGCAUACUCCGCCUUUGUGGACUUCUCGUUUGCGACUGUUCCCUGGUUCUUAAUCAUAAAUCUUCAAAUGAGAAAGAGGGAGAAGUUUGGCGUUGCGAUUGCUAUGAGCUGUGGUGUAACUGCUGGAAUAACCGCUAUUAUGAGAUGUGUUUAUUUACCACUUCUCACUGUUGGGACAUUCUCGACUCAAGGAACCACCCUCGUUAUCUGGUACGUGGCUGAAGCAGCAGUCACCAUCAUCGCGGCAUCGAUACCUGUUCUACGUGCUCUGAUCCGAGAUAUUUCAUCAUCACUCGACCGCUACAACCGCAGCACCGGCAACAAAUCAGGCGUCAAGAGCCAUACGAGAAACACGCCCAGGGGUCUUCACGCAAGCAACGUAGUAACUACGGUUGUUAGUUCGCGGAGGACACAGCACAACCAACAAGAUCCUCACGGCGACGCGGGGAGCGACAUCAGCAUCCUCGAGGGGGCGCACGCGCCGGGCAAUUCGUCAACGAGUAGAGGAGGAGGAAUCAUGCAGACGCAAGAGGUUAGGUUGAGCUAUCACGAGCGGAGCGAUAACGACAGCGAUCAAGGAUACGAGAUGGAGUCUAUGGGAAGGAAAUCGCCUUAA